AUGGCGGCUUCCACGGCUUUCAUGUCAAACCCAAAUAUGAACACAAACCAUGUUACAUUUUCCGAGAAUGUUAGACCCCGGUCGCAUUCUUUUGGGCAGGUUUUCUUGCCCAAGAAGGCUGAAACCUUGUCAGCCAGACACUCAGUUGUCGCUUCUCUUGUAGCAUCGACUGCUGUCACAAGCAGGGCAUUCAAAACGAGCUCGGGUUUGGCCCAUCUUUGGAGAGAGAUUCAAGGUUCCAACGACUGGGAAAAUCUUGUCGACCCAUUGCACCCUCUGCUUCAGCAAGAGAUCGUCCGGUACGGCGAGUUUGUCGCCGCGUGUUACAAGGCUUUCGACCUCAACCCAAACUCCAAACGCUACUUGAAUUGCAAAUACGGGAAGAAGAACAUGUUCCGGGAAGUCGGGAUGGGGAAUUGCGGGUACCAUGUCACCAAGUACAUCUACGCCACUCCGGACAUCAACAUUCCGAUCCAAAGUGGUGAUUCUUGCGGACGUUGGAUUGGAUACGUUGCGGUCUCCGGCGACGACUCCGUCCGUAGGCUCGGGAGGAGAGAUAUACUCAUUACUUUCCGGGGAACAGUCACUAACCAAGAGUGGAUUACAAAUCUAAUGAGCUCGCUGACACCGGCACGCCUCGACCCCAACAAUCUGCGGCCUGAUGUCAAGGUAGAGGCUGGAUUUCUGAGCUUGUACACUUCGGACGAGAGCUCCAGCAAAUUUGGAUUGGGAAGUUGCCGCGAACAGCUUCUUUCCGAGGUAUCCCGGCUGCUUACCAAGUACAAAGGUGAGAAAAUUAGCAUAACUUUAGCAGGCCAUAGCAUGGGGAGCUCUCUGGCUGCUCUUCUUGCUUACGACAUAGCCGAGCUCGGACUGAACGACAAAGAGAAUUCAAGCCGACACAAGAUACCAAUCACAGUAUUCUCAUUUGGAGGUCCCAGAGUCGGGAACGCCGGAUUCAAGCAACGUUGUGAGGAAUUGGGUGUCAAAGUCUUGAGAGUAGUGAACGUCAAUGAUCCAAUCACAAAGAUGCCUGGGGUUUUAUUUAACGAAAAUUUCAGGGUUUUGGCCGGAAGAUAUGAGUUGCCAUGGAGCUGCUCGUGUUAUGCUCACGUGGGUGUGGAACUUGCCCUUGACUUCUACGACAUGCAGAACCCUUCAUGUGUUCAUGAUUUGGAGACAUAUAUCAGCUUACUUAAAUGUCCCAAACGACAGCAAAUGCAAAGAGAUAGCGCAGAUAUACUCAACAGAGCAAGAGAGUUGCUAAUCAUGAGUGCCCAGAAUUUGAACAUCUUUCCGGGGAGAAAUGCUGAGAGUAAUAAUAGCGGUACAGUAAACUUAGUUCAGUCAUGA